AUGUCGAAAGAAAAUAAUCCUCCGAACGCGCAACCCCCCAAAUCGUACCCGUAUAGAAGAUUAACGGAAGAAGCGGACGUUUUGGUACCACGACCGAGCAUCAUUUUACCCCAACUGCAAGAAAACGAAAAACGUUUUUUCGAAUUAGUCGCUUCGGGUGACGUACUAGCCGUGAAAGAUCAUUUACAACAAAACCCCAACACGAACAUAAAUUGCACGAAUUUCCAAGGAGUCAGCGCGCUUUUGAUAGCCGUUCAAGCUCACUCCGACGCUAUGGUCGAAUUUUUAUUGACCCGACCCGGUAUAGAUAUCGGAGAUUGCGCCUUACACGCCGUAAAAGACAAUCAACCGCUAAUAUUAAAAAUGCUCUUAGAUAAAACCGGUCAAAUAUCGCCGAGCUUAGAAUACGUCGGAGUGACGCACAGUUCCGAUUUCCCCGAUUACGUAACCCCUUUGAUAUUGGCCGCCCAAUGCGGUCAUUACGAAAUAAUAAAAUUGUUGAUCGAACGCGGACACAGUAUGAGUAAACCGCAUCCGCCGUCUUGCCGUUGUUCGGAAUGCAGAUCGCGAUUGGAACACGACGAUCUUCUGCACGCCGAAAGUUUGAGACUCAACCUUUAUAGGGCGGUAGCCAAUCCGGCAUAUAUAUGUUAUUCGACGCACGAUCCCAUAUUGGCCGCUUUCCAAUUAUCCAAAGAAUUGAAGGAAUCCUCGUUUUUGGUACCGGAAUUUCGAGUCGCUUACACGGAAUUAUCCGAGGAGGUUAGUACGUUCGCGGUGGAUUUAAUAGCGUGCGUCCGUAGUACCAACGAAAUGGAAUUGAUUUUAACCCAAAGCGCCGGUCUGCAUUCAUCCAACGUAUUCCAAUUUCCUAGAUUAACUUUAGCUUUGGAUUACAAACAAAAAACUUUCGUAGCCCAUCCGAAUACUCAACAAAUCGUCGAAGCGGCUUGGAACGGAGACUGGCACGAAUAUAUAAUCAAACCUCGUAUAAUAAAAUUGUUGUAUCCCAUAGGAAGGGCUUUUAUGUUACCUAUAAUAGCUCUAUUGAGUUUGGUAAUGCCCAAUUCGGGUCUAAUAACGUUUUGGAGUAUACCUUUAAACAAAAUGUUGAGUCACGUAUCUUCGUAUUUGAUAUUUUUGAUAAUCAUUUUUUUGGAAUCGAAUUUAGAUAAGACGAAACAAAAAAGGAGACCGCCCGAUUCGGGUUUGGAACCGAUUAUUGUAAUUUUCGUCGCCGGUAACGUUUGGAGUUUAAUAAGAAUGUUUAUACUAUUAGGACCUUACAGAUUUUUCAAAAGUCUUUGGAAUUGGCACGGCAUUAUAAAUAACGUUCUAUUCCUGUUGACUUUUUUAUUUUGGUUAGCUUCCUAUAUCGACGUUCGAAAUAACGAUCAACAGGAUUUGGAAAGGAAAUAUUGGCAUCAUUUAGAUCCUUUAUUAAUCGCCGAAGGUUGUUUUUCGAUAGCCACCAUCAUGGCUUAUUUCAAACUGAUGUUUUAUUGUCGAUUGAAUUAUUACAUGGGACCGUUACAAAUAUCUUUGGGAAAAAUGUGCGCCGAUCUGGCCAAAUAUAUAAUUAUUUUCGUUAUAGUUAUAAUUUCGUUUUCGGCCGGUAUGUGUAGAUUUUAUCAGUACUACGACGGUAUGGUUCAAAUCGACGAAAACCAAAUCAAAACCCAACAAGUUUCGUCGUUCGUCGAUUUCGCUUCGACUUUAAAAACGUUCUUUUGGGCUAUACUUUGUAUGUCUCCUUUAGAAUCGGCCGACGUUGUUAUAGAAAAUCUUCCGGGCGAAACUCCGGAUACGACGAUCAUAAACACGCACGAAUUCACCGAAGCCGUUGGGUAUAUAGUUUUCGCUCUAUUCGAAGUACUCAUCGUCGUAAUGAUACUAAAUAUGCUUAUAGCUACGAUGUCGGCGACCUUUCAAAGGGUUAUAGAUAAUUUAGACGUCGAAUGGACCUUCGGAAAAACCGAUUUUUAUAUGGAAUUUAUGUUGCAAUCGACCACCCCUUCGCCGUUCAAUCUCGUACCGACUCCGAGCGGAAUAAACAAUUUCGUGAAUUUGAUUAACGGUAACGCGGAUACGCCCGGUUGUUGCAAAACUAAUAAAACGCCUUUCGAAACGCCUACGAAAAAAAUGAACGAUGUCGAAUACGCGGCUCUCAUGACGUUGUUAGUCCAAAGGUAUUUUAGAGAAAAAGAUAUGGCCGAAGCCGCUUCCAGCGAUUUCGAUUUACUCAGACAAGAAAUACACGAAUUGAAGAAUCUUUUAUCGCAAAUCGUCGAAGAAAAAUAG